AUGUCGGCUGCCGACGCCAAGAUAGUCAAGACCGAGCCGCUGGACCCCAAAGACGCCUGCUGGGUGCGCCUGGUAAAAACAACCUACACCGACCCCACCUCCACCACGCGCGACUGGGAGUCGGCCGAGCGCCAGACGCGGCCCGCCGACUCGGCCGUCGACGGCGUCGGCAUCGUCGCCAUAUUGCAGACGCCCGGCAGCGACGAGCCGCCGUCGCUGCUGCUCCAGAAACAGUUCCGCCCCCCCGUCGGCGCCGUGUGCAUCGAGGUCCCCGCGGGCCUCGUCGACGCGGGCGAGACGCCCGAGCGGUGCGCGGUGCGCGAGCUCAAGGAGGAGACGGGGUAUGAGGGGGUGGUGGUGGGUGUGGAUGAGGGGUUUGGGGUGAGUCCGGUUAUGUGGAAUGACCCCGGCUUCUGCAACACGAACCUCAACAUGGUCCACGUCACCGUCGACAUGACCAAGCCCGCCAACAAGAACCCCCAGCCUGAGCUCGAGGACAACGAGUUCAUCGAGUGCUUCACCGUCCCGCUCGCCGACCUGUACGCCCGCUGCCGCGAGCUCGAGCGCCAGGGCUACGCCAUCGACGCCCGCGUCGGCACGCUGGCCGAGGGCAUCGAGAUCGCGAAGAGGUGGAAGCUUUGA